AUGCUAAAUAUCAUUCAGGCACUUAGCUGGACACUAGUACUUUUUAUCUGGAGAAAUGUCACAGUAAAAAAUUUAGACUGGGGAUCUUCAGGCGACUCCCCCGAGCCUCUGGAUUCCCACAGCGGCCAUGAACAAGCGUCGUUCGUGCGGCCAGCCCAGCCGACUUUCCUGGCCCACUUCAAAGAGCGGGUUGGCUACCGGGAAGGACCCACCAUAGAAACCGAGAGAAUCCAGCCUCAGUUCCCAGGUGAAGAUGGUGACCAAAGUGACAAAGAAGAUGAACAACCCCAGGUGGUGGUUUUUAAAAAGGGAGACUUGUCAGCUGGAGAAGUCAUGAAAAUUAAAGCAGAAAUAAAGGCUGCCAAUGCAGAUGAAGAACCAGCUUCAACUGGUGGGAGAGUCAUGUACCGAAAGCCAGACAAGUGUUCCUCAGAUGGGAAGAAGUGCGGUCUAACAGCAAGCUCAAUAGAGAAGAAAACUAAUGAAGAUGAAGUCAAUAAGCAGGACUCUGUGAAAAAGAACUCACAAAAACUAGUCAAAAACAGUAGGCUCCUUUCUUUUGGCAAUGAAGAUGAAAAUGAAUAA